AUGGUGAAGAGGGCCACAGUUUUUGCCAACACAACGACAACAGAAUAUUUAAUCGUCGUUCAGUUGAAUGACCUAGCAAGUUUCCGGAGACUUUUGGAGAAUUUAUCAUUGCCUUAUAUGAUCAACGGCUCUAUUCAGAUCAAUGAUAUCACCCCAACGACAGUGUGUUCACCGAGUAAUCUCACAGACUAUGAGUGUCGCUGUGAGUCCGGGUACAGCUGGCCCAAGGAAAUUGAAGACGGUUGUGCGAAAACGUUAGACAUGUGUACCGUAGUGGGUUUGAAGUUUAGCCCCGGAAGUACAAUAGUGGAGAGUAAUAUCAGCACGACUUCGCCUUCUGUGGACAUAAAAGUAGUCAAACUAGAUGUCAUCAAUGAAAUGAUAAAGACAUUCAAUAUCAUCACUGAUGGGAAAGCUUUGGAUUUUCAGAACAAGCCAGUUCUUUUCGGCAGAAAGGCUCGAUUAGCUUACAUUCGUUUUAGUGCAACGCCUAGAACUAAGGAGUGCAGGGUGGGCUUCUCAGAGGUCAUCGAGUGUUUUGUUCAGAAUAUCUAUCGGGUCACUUUGGGUAAUUCAACUGCCUUGGGAAAAAGGAGCAUUGAUGUCCAAAUCGAAGCAUGCCCAGUCAGUUUUACAUUCACCUGUAAAGCAACAGAUUAUCCAGCGUAUGUUAAGAGUCUGACAUUGGAAUUCACACAACCAACACAAGAAUUUGAUUGUAAGAGUAAGAAGUGGGGCCUCGGGAACGAGGGGGAUCAGACGACCGGAGAAUGUGAUGAAGGCAAAGUGGGAGAAAAAGUGGCCACAUGUUUGAACAACAUCUGGGAAGAGGAAGACAAUUGUGUCAUUAAAGUGAUCCAGGAUCUGCUCAAUCAAACACUGGAUUUGGUGAAUCCAGAACAAGUCCCUGACAUACUGACGCACCUCAAUAAUGCCACAAAUGAAUUACAAGAUAAUGUGACAGAAUCAGCCGCCACAAUUGAAGCUAUCGUAUCCAUAAUGGAAAGACUCGCAAACAUCUCCUUGGCUGUAUCGGACAAAUCAAUGACGGAGAUCUUAAACAUAUCCAUUGCAACAAUGGUGGUCAGAGAGGAGGACAAGAGUGGAUAUGGAGUUCAUGUUGCGUUUGCAUUUUUCAAUUCCCUCCAGGGGUUCUUUAUUCUUCUCUUUGGAACUCUGCUCGACAAAAAGGUGCGCAAGGAAAUUACUGCCAAAUCUAUGACUUCAGGAGCAACAAAGAGUACAUCCGGUGGACAGACUGGGUCUACAAGUGGACUGUUUUCCAGGGCACGCAGAGGUUACAACAUUUCAUCUAAUGCGGAUUCUUCUGUAACCAAUACCUGA